UACGAGAACGAGUGAACCGCGUCCUUUAUAUACAGUCUAUAGGUAUAUACGAUCUUCGGCUUCAGUUACAGAGUAGCUGUUCUUGUUUUACCUGUUUAGAAUUCGUUCAAAACAAAAUAUAAAUUCUGAUCCAUAUUAAUUUAUCAGAUACAUAGUUGCUAAUGUAACUGAGUGGCCAUCAUAACGAUUCGAAUAAGUCAAGUUUGCUAAAUUUAUCACAGGCACAUUUACGGGCAGCUACACGGAGACUGGUCCUGUUCCACGUUGUGUUAGCAGGAAGAGAAAUGUGUUGACCGUCCUCUGCUGCAGUUUGAGACUGCUGUAACCGUCUUAUUUAGACCUGCUGAACAGAAUGGAGCGACAGUAACACGGGUUUGUCCGUAGCCAACAAAAAGUGCUAACACCGGAGCUGUAACUAUGUCAGUAAACCGGUGUAUGUCUUUGUUAUCUCGCAUUCAGCGCCACAUUAACAGCCGGACUCCCCGUAUCACCGCUGGCAGUUGUCAUGUGUCGUCUGGGUCUGGGUUGUUACAUAAACAAUGCCAGGCUGCUUCUGCGGUUUGUAGCAGAAAUGUUUCAUCCAACAGUUCUCCUCCAAAAGGCCCGGACACUUCUUUGUUUGUCCCCGUUUCCCUGAAGACGGACUCCGCGGCAGAUGGGAGUGUAGGAGCAGAGCUGACCCAGCCGCUCGAUAAAAAUGAACUUCUGAAGAUUUUGAACCGGUUUUAUAAAAGGAAGGAGAUGCAGAGGCUGGCAGCAGAUAAUGGCUUGGAUGCUCGUCUGUUCCACCAGGCCUUCAUCAGCUUCAGGAAGCAUGUUCUGGAAGUGUCAUCACUCCCGGCCGAUCUGCACAUCAUUCUCAAUGACAUCUGCUGCGGAGCAGGUCACAUCGAUGACAUCUACCCAUACUUCAUGCGUCACGCCAAGCAAAUCUUUCCCAUGCUGGACUGUAUGGAUGACCUGAGAAAGAUCUCAGAUCUCAGAGUCCCUCCCAACUGGUACCCUGAGGCUCGUGCCAUCCAGAGGAAAGUGAUUUUCCAUGCUGGUCCUACUAACAGUGGUAAAACCUACCAUGCCAUCCAGCGCUACCUGGCUGCGAAGUCUGGAGUCUAUUGUGGCCCUCUGAAACUACUGGCCCAUGAGAUCUUUGAGAAAAGCAACAAUUCUGGUGUGCCAUGUGAUUUGGUUACAGGAGAGGAGAGGACCUUUGUGGACUUGGAUGGUCGAGCAGCUGAUCAUGUGGCCUGCACUAUUGAAAUGUGCAGUGUCAACACACCUUAUGAGGUGGCUGUAAUUGAUGAGAUUCAGAUGAUCAAAGAUCCCUCCAGAGGCUGGGCCUGGACCAGAGCAUUGCUGGGUCUAUGUGCAGAGGAGAUCCAUGUGUGUGGAGAAUCUGCAGCCGUAGACUUUAUCAGAGAGCUGAUGUACACCACUGGAGAGGAGGUGGAGGUGCACACCUACCAGCGUUUAACUCCCUUCUCAGUCUUGGAUCAGGCUGUGGAGUCAUUAGACAACCUGAGACCAGGAGAUUGUAUUGUCUGCUUCAGUAAAAAUGAUAUCUACUCCAUAAGCAGACAGAUUGAGGCCAGAGGACUUGAAUGUGCUGUGAUUUAUGGGAGCUUACCUCCAGGAACCAAGCUGUCACAGGCCAAGAAGUUCAAUGACCCUGAUGACCCCUGCAAGAUUUUGGUUGCCACAGAUGCUAUAGGAAUGGGCCUUAACCUGAGUAUAAAACGUAUCAUCUUCAACAGUCUGGUAAAGCCUAAUGUGAAUGAGAAGGGGGAGAAACAGAUGGAGACCAUAAGCACAUCACAGGCUCUGCAGAUAGCAGGCCGUGCAGGGAGGUUCUCCUCCAAGUUUAAAGAGGGAGAAGUUACCACCAUGCACAGAGAUGAUCUGCCUGUCCUGAAGGAAAUACUCAGCCACUUAGUCGACCCCAUAGAGAUUGCAGGUCUCCAUCCCACAGCAGAACAGAUCGAGAUGUUUGCUUAUCAUCUACCUGACGCCACACUGUCCAACCUUGUUGACAUAUUUGUCAGCCUUUCUCAGGUGGAUGGUCUUUAUUUCGUCUGCAACAUUGACGACUUCAAAUUUCUGGCCGAUAUGAUUCAGCACAUCCCCCUCAACCUGAGGUCACGCUACGUCUUCUGCACCGCCCCCAUCAACAAGAAACAACCUUUUGUAUGCACCUCCUUCCUGAAGUUUGCACGUCAGUUCAGUCGAGAUGAACCCCUGACGUUUGGCUGGGUCUGUCGCCACAUCAGCUGGCCUGUGGCUCAACCCAAAAACAUUAAAGACCUGGUUCACUUGGAAGCUGUUCAUGAUGUGUUGGAUCUUUACCUCUGGUUAAGCUACCGUUUCAUGGACAUGUUUCCAGACACCGCCUUGAUUCGAGAAAUCCAGCGGGAGCUUGACAAUAUCAUUCAACAGGGUGUCCAAAAUAUCACCCGUCUCAUCAGAGCCACUGACCCAACCAUUACUAACACACUACAGGCACAGGGCAGCAGGCAAGGACAAACAAGUGGUAACAGCAGAGCUGGUGAUAGUAAUUAUUUGACUGGCAGCCAAGGUCAAAGGGGACAGAUGAUGGACCGCUCUCUGGCUAGUCGGCUGGUGAGAGACGGGCUGUUGACUCCUGAUUUGCUCUGGCAGCUGCAGAGGGAGUGGUCCAAAGAUCAAAAGCAGGAUGUUCCCGAUCAGCAUGCACUCGAUACAGAACAUCACAAUAACAACAACAAAGGGAAAACGAAAAAGAGAAAGAAAUGAAGAGGAAGACCGUUAUGUAUUCAUGGUGUCUCAAGGUUGUUGGUGUUCCCAUGGAGAUCAAUAACCGAUACACGCCAUGCAUAAUAUCUGGUGGUUUGUUUGAAAUGGGUCAUGGCUUUAGACAGUUAAAAUGGAUCUGUGAACAUUUUCUAGCCUUGGAUCAAUCAUAAACAGCUGAUUGAGAUAUAAAAAAAACACCAAAAUGUGGUUUGAACACGAGCAGUCUUUUAUGGUCAUAUGAUCUGGUCUGAGAUUUACACUAGAAUACUCUGUCAUGUAAUCUACUUAUUUUGCUCUAAGCUGACUUAGUAUGUUUUAUUCCAACCUACAAAUGUAUAAGCUGUAACUAGUGAUGGAAAACAUCCCUAGUUCAGGAUCCUAUGAACUUGCUACUUUCUUGGUCCCUCUGAAGGAUCAAGUACGUGUUGAGAGAUUCUCCCUUCUCAGUGGGAGCAUAAAGUAAUUCAGAGUCAACUUGGAAACCAAAUAGUCAAAUUAGCCCAACAAGAAAUGGACCCGUUGUGGAUCAUUGAGGGAGAUGCCAUGUCCCGGCCGCAGCUACCACUGAACCACAGUUCAAACUGACAAGAAACACUGUUUACCACAGUGUUUCAGCAAAAGUCACAAUGUCAUAAAUGCUUUGUUUGAAGCAUUGUUUGUGACCAGGAAGUAGUUUAAAAUGCACUGAUCUGGGAUUAGUUCAUGUUUGCUUUACUCUGUUAAUGCAGGAAACUCAAAUGUAGAACUUCAGAACAAUAUAAGAGCACGUAUCCAACUUAUUUGGGUAAACCUUUAAACAGCUCUGUGAUAAACUGCAGAUUCUGUGAGCAGUCUGAAUUGAGUGCACCCCUGUCAGUGUCUGUAUACAGAUGAGAUGCCAUAUUUUUUUCUUGUUUGCAUAGUUGAGGUGAAGACAUCAGUCAAUAAAAAUCUAUUGUUUUAA